AUGUCUCAUAAGCAAAAUAUUCAUCUCGUUCUUUUUACAAUAUUAUCGUCAAUCGUAUUCAUAUUUUCAUCUUCAAAUUGUGUAUCAGGUUUAGCUCAACCAUACCAUGCCUUGGUAGCACCAAUCACUAAAGAUCUCAAAACUUCUCUCUUCUCAAUCACUCUAAACAUCCAUGAAAAGUAUGUUAUAGAUCUUGGUGGUCCAUUUUUAUGGUAUCGUUGCCCUAAGAAAUACCCAACUGUUCCUUGUGCUUCUCCUGCAUGUUCAAGUGUGAAAUCUUAUUUCUCCCCUUUAUGUCCUUCCUUGAAGGGUGAAAGUAGAGCUCAUUGUAAAUGUGUUGUCACCCCAGUUAACCCUGUCACUAACAAAUGUUCUUUAGCUCAUUUAACCAAUAAGGAUUUGAGUAUUUCUUGGACUAAUGGUUCAACCCCAGCGACAUCUGUUGCCAAAUUCAAAAAGCAGUAUGUUUCUUGUGCACCACAAAGCCUUCUGAACUCCCUUCCUGUUGGUGUUUCUGGAAUGGCAGGUCUUUCUCGAUCUUUAAUAUCAGUUUCUUCUCAGUUUAUGUCACCAAAGUUGAAAAUCAAAAAACAGUUUUCGGUUUGUCUCCCUAGUACGGAUUCAGCUCCGGGAGUGAUGUUCUUUGGCGAUGGGCCAUUCCGUAUGGUUCCACCAACUCCAGCUGAUAUACUGAGCUUUUUAGCAUACACCCCUUUAGUAAAAAAACCGAAAAGCGCGGAUUAUUACAUUAAUCUAAAGGGUAUAAACGUUAACAAUAACAAGGUCGUUAGUUUGGGUGUUGAAGGUAAUGGAGGAGUGAAACUUAGUACCGUAGUUCCUUACACUACACUAAGUUCUCCCAUUUACAAACCAGUUUUUAAAGCUUUUGUUAAAGCUACUAAUGGAAUUCCUAGAGCUCCGAGAGUGAAACCAUUCAAGUACUGUCUGAAUACUACUAAUCUUGGUUCCACAAGGGUUGGGUAUCCUGUUGCCCCUAUUGAUCUGGUUCUUGCAAAUGGAGGGAAUUGGACUAUAUUCGGAGCGAAUUCGAUGAAACAAGUUAGUGAUGAUGUGGCGUGCCUUGCAUUCGUUGAUGGGGGGCCAAAAGCUAAACAACCCGUAGUGCUCGGUUCAUUUCAAAUUGAAAAUAACUUUUUGUCGUUUGAUCUUGAGAAAUCAAGAUUAGGCUUUAGUUCAUCAUUGUUCUUCAUAAGAACUACGUGUGGUAACUUCAACUUCAAAGGAGAAAUGUGGGGUUGA